AAUGGCAUUUCAGCUGGAGCGAAAGAAGAAGAUCCAAUAAAAACAAAACUUGCCGCAAACAAAAAUAAAUAUUUCAUUUCGAGUCACUUAGAAACAUCAAGAUGCCCACCUUGAUAGCGUUAGAUGCAUCGCUUUCUAUGCUGCGUCCCGUUCCAGGAAGAAAUGAGCACACCUACCAAUCGCUGGCUAUCAAAGGCAUCCAGCACCUGCUAGACAAUCUUUCGGCUGCGGGCAAGCUGGAGCACCUAGCUCUUUUGUCCUACACGACCACAGCGGAACUGAAAGUGGACUUCACCAGGGACUACGAUCAGAUUCGGCAAGCGGUCAAGAAGGUGGAAGCCGUGGACAAGGCCUGUCUGAUGAGUAUGCUCAAGGCGUCCGUCUCCAUAAUGUCCACCUGGGGUUCCCAGAACAUCCUGCAACUGGUGGUGUUUACGGACUGCGGUCUCGGCUUUGGUAGCACCUCGGUCUCUGGAUUCCUGGACGCCAUUGCCAGCAACGAUGCAGACUCGGACUUCGCCUGGUUGAAAACACUGACCAACUAUAACGUGAACUUUAUCUGCCUGGGACUGCAUGGCGACCACUACUUCACCAGGGGACUAGCUGUGUAUCAGCAGCUGCUGGACAAGGCCGGGUUAAAGGGCCAGCUCUUCAUGACCAAGCCAGCGAAGAACACUGAGACUGUUGAAGGUAAUUCAAAUCCCAAUCCGAAUCCCAGUCACAAAAGCGAACUUGGACGCACCACCGUUUUCGAGCUAAUCGAGCGUCUGUGCGAGACGAGCUACAAAUCCACGGAGGUGACUCUCAAAUGCGGCAGCUACUUCCGCAUGGAGGCGCCCGUAUUGCUCUGGCCACCCACUGCUCCCUAUGAACAGCCGUCGCCGGUCUUCGGCAGAGAACCCACGCUCCGACACAUCGAUCAACGGAUAGAGGUGUGCGGAUUCCUAGCCCUCUCUGAUAUCGGUUCACCGGCCACCAUGAGUCGCCACUGGGUGCUGCCGAAAGUGGACCGGGAGAAGAGUGGAGGAAGUCGCCGGUCAGGAGGUCUGCCUGCUGCCGCCAAGCCGCCGAAGCUCAACCUGGACACCAACAAUCCGAACUACGAGCUGGAGAAGCUGGAAACGGAUAUACGAGAAUUUUACGCCAAGGAUCCAAAGGAUACCGAAGAGAGUGGCGAUGAUGCGGAUGUAACCAUCGUUGUGAAACAUUCUUCAGGCCCGCAAACAGAACAUCAAAAGGAAAACCUAUGCGUCCUCCUUCACGGUGCACUCAAACUGGAGAACAUGGCCGCCUUAGUCCAAGUGUCCGAUAAGUGGUACGGAUUCAUCUAUGCAUUUACCGACAGCAAGAAAAAGUCAAAUCUAAUGCUUAACAUACUGCCGCCGGGUACCAAUGUAAUACCUUGGGUUGGUGACUUGGAAUUACUGGGAUUUCCCGAGGACCUUGUCCCAGGCGAAUCGGCCAGCUUUCCGGUGCGUGCUGAUCGGCGGUCCUAUUCCCAGAGCAGUGUUGUGUGGAUACGACAGGCUAGCCUACAAUCAGACGUUCAAAAAGUCCUUCGGCAUGCUAAGAAGAUGCCGGACAAGACGCAAAAUUUUUACAAGGAGCUCAAUCGGAUACGACGGGCCGCUUUGGCCCUGGGAUUUGUCGAGCUGCUCGAGGCCUUAGCCAUGCUCCGAAAAGAAUGCGCGCACCUCACCAUUAACGGAGCCAGCAACGAGUGCACCAUGCAACUGCAACACGCGGCCACAGAACUACGAAAAACCUCGAAUAGGGAUAUUAAGUCAACUAUCGUGCCGCUGCAGAAAGUUGGUGGUGCUUCUGAUACAGGAAGCACAGCUGCCACGGCCCCUGCUCCUGGAUAUAUGUAUUAAUAAAAAAUAUAUAUGCGCAUUAUCCUUUUUACAAAGGUAUUUCUUUUUAA